UCUGCAGAAGAGAGGACCAAAAUGGCUGAGUGAGGAUGAGACUGCCCAGCUCGGUUCUAGUGUCUGUCUCUUUGUUUACAGCCGAGACGACGGCUGCGCUUUACCUCAGUACUACAUACAGUUCGGCCGGAGACCAGAUCUGGCAGUGCUUCACGCUUCUUUUUACACUAGUUCCGUCCGUCCUGGUGCAGCUCACUCUGAUCUUCUUACACAGGGACCUCAGCAGGGACAGACCCCUAGUGCUGCUUCUCCACAUUUUGCAGCUCGGACCUAUAAUCAGGUGCCUGGACGCCUUCUGUAUCUACGGGAGCUCAGGGAAGGUGGAGGAACCAUAUGUCACCAUCACGCGGAAGAAGCAGAUGCCCCGGAGUGGCCAGGCGGAGGAGGUGGAGCAGGAGCUGGGCCAGGCGGAGGGAAAGCUGGUCACCCACCGUGCGGCCUUCGCCCGAACCUCCGUCAUCCAGGCGUUCCUGGGCUCUGCCCCACAGCUCACGUUACAGCUCUAUAUCUGCACUCUGCAGGGGGGCGUGUCCAUCGGCAGAGGCACGCUGAUGGUCAUCUCUCUGUUGUCCAUCGUGUACGGCGCCUUGCGCUGUAACAUCUUGGCCAUUAAGAUCCGCUACGACGACUACGAGGUGUCGGUUGGGCCGACGGCGUACCUGUGCGUCUUCCUGUGGCGUGGCUUCGAGAUCGCCACCCGCGUGACUGUGCUCGUGCUCUUCAGCGCGGCGCUGAGGGUGUGGGUGCUGCCCGUGGUGGCGCUGGGCUUCCUGCUCUUCUUCCUCCACCCGUGGGCGGUGUUCUGGAGCAGCCGCUCGCCCUUCCCGGAGAACAUCGAGAAGACGCUGACGCGCGUGGGCACCACCAUCGUGCUGUGCCUGCUCACCUUCCUCUACGCCGGCAUCAACGUCUUCUGCUGGUCGGCCGUGCAGCUGAAGCUGGACGACCCCGACCUAAUCGACAAGACACAGGGCUGGCGGCGCGUGGCCGCGUACUACUCCCUGCGCUUCGCGGAGAACGCGGCGCUGACGUGGCUGUGGAACGUGCACCGCGGGGAGCUGGCUGGCCGUGUGGACGCCCCCGUGCUGGAGCUACUCCUGCUGCUCGGCUACGCGCUCGCUGUCUUCUUCAUGUUGCUCUUCUACCAGUGCUGCCAUCCCUGCCGCCGCCUCUUCUCACCCAGCCCCGCCCAGAGCCUGGGCCAGUGCCGGGGCUCCCUCCGGCCGCCCGCCCUCGAUCACCCCUCCCCCAGGACCCCGCGUGGCACGCCCGGCCCUGAGCAGCCCCAGCUGGACAAGGACAUGCAGGACCAGGCUCCCUCUGCUACCAACGGAGACGUCAGCCAGAGCCUGUGCUGACCUGACCUCUGCUCAGCCGAGCACGCGUUGCCCUGACCUCUGCUCAGCCGAGCACACGCUGGCCUGACCUCUGCUCAGCCGAGCACGCGCUGGCCUAACCUCUGCUGAACAGCUCGUGCACAUUCUACUUUUUUAUAAGUGUCCCUUAAGAACUGGAAGCUCGAUUAGCCAAUGACGAUGCUCCCUGCACUGCCUGCCUUGCUGGUCUGAGGUGGAAUGUAUGAACAGAUUGUCCUCAGACUCAAAGAUGGCAAAAAAGUUUUUGCAUUUUCAUUUUGUUUACAGUCAGUGGGAUUGUGGCAUGGGUUUUUGACCUGCUUAGCAGAAUGCAUGUGCUAGCCGUGUGAUACUUAAAUGCUGCUUAUGUUAUAUAAUGUGACAGAUCGCUGUCUGUCUGUCUGCCUGUAUGUCUUUCUGUCUCUCUCUUCCUACCCAUUUUGUCACCGUCAUUGUGAAGUUUGUUCAUUUCAGGAGUCUAUUAUUUUAAAUUAUUUUUAACAUCGUCUUAUAUGGAUUUGACCAAAUACUAGAAACAUGAUUAAGAUUUUUAGAAGGCUGUUUCAUUGCUUUGAAUAGUCAAAACGAAGUCAUUUUGGUGAUAAUCACCAUCGUUCACUGUAUAUAUUGCUUAGGAGCUGGCAGUAUGACCUGAAAAGCUUUUAUUUUUUUACUCCAUACCACAUCCUGUUCAGAUAUGGAAAAACAGUACCACGAACCCUCUGUACCUUCUACCAUGCUCAGAGGUCUCUUUACCCAUGAAACCAGGUGUAGAACUCUCACCCACUGUAUUAACUCUCGCCCACUGUCUUAGGUUGUAAGCAGCUGGCGUAAUAGACCAUCAGGCUAAUGAAUACUGUCAGUGCGUAGCAGUGAUUUUCUCUGUCGUCUCCCUGGAAUGGUCUCCCAUUUAAUGAUGCUUUACAUUGUCCCGUGCCUGCACUUUCCGACUGGUUUAUUCCGUGUCUUUAAAAACCUCUUUACUGGCUCACUAACCUCCUUCAGAAACUCAGCUUUUCAUAUGUAGUAAAAUAUUUUAGUUAACGAUGAAGGUUUAAUAGCAGCAUAGUCAUGGUAAAAUGCUACAUCAUCAGGUCUUUUUUUCGGUCCCUUGUGCUUUCAAAAGAUGUGGAGAACCAAGUGGUCUGGAACGCUGUGUUCACUCACUAGCCUCUCAGACUUACCAGCCUCUCAGACGUACCAGCCUCUCAAGUUCAGGCCCUGAUUGUUUCAUAUUCUUUUACUGAGUUAAUUGAUAAAGAGCUGGAUCUCAUUACCAGUACCAUUCUGAAGUGGAAGUGAUCUUUCAUUGAUGCACUAAGAAGGUAUUAAAUGACGUCUGGCAGGGCAUCCGGUCUGGGCUGCGUAUUUAAGCCAGACUGAGAGUAUAACAUGAGAAUUCUGUUUACACAGUACUGAUUGUGGGAAUAUUUUUCAAGAUUUCAAUGAUCUGGGUGUUACAGUCUUAUUCCUGUAAAGAAUGCUUUAAGUGUUUAAUUCAAUUUCUUUCUUGAUUUAAUAACACGGAUAUUUUGCACUUCUCCUACUUGCAUUUGUACAGGUUUGCAGAUGAAAAGGGACCACACAUUUUGCACAUUAUAAUCUAAAAUAUUUUCCUAAAUGAAGAUAAAAGCUGUGACAGGCAAAUAGGAUUGAGGAUCAUGCUUAAGCCUUUGGUGCCCCCUAGUGGUUUGAUGAACACAAUUACUCUUGCACAAUGUUCCAAAGUUUGGGCACAACAUCUCUCACUUCAGAUGGCACACGCGAGUGACUAUGUCCCACAGCUUUCUUCUGUAAUCAAAACCCAAGAGAAUAAAAAGAUUAUAAUAUGA